GAAUAGUGUUCGUAUAGCUCAGUGAUGCAUAUAAGAAAAACUACUCGAGUCUGUUUUCCUCUCCUCCCACUUCACUCCACCCCUGAAUGAGCGGGUGACAGUAAGAGGACUAGUAGAGCUCUACCACUGCUCUGCUAUGCUCAAGUCUUGUCAGGACCUGUAUUGCCGGAGAGGAGGGAAGGCAAGGUGUUGUGAAUGUAAUUCUGUUCUUUCGCACUGGUACUAUGAAAGAGAUGGACAGUUCUUCUGUAAGAAAGAUUACUGUUCACGAUUUGGGGAGCAGUGCCACGGCUGCUCAGAGUCUAUCACCACCGGUCUCAUUAUGGUGGCUGGAAAGCAUAAAUACCAUCCCGAGUGUUUUCUCUGUGAAAGCUGCGGCAUAUUCAUUGGAGAUGGCGAUUCUUUCUCCCUAGUGGAUUAUACCAAUUUAUACUGUGGACAGUGUCAUUACCAGAAGGUUUCGACGCAGCAUUCGUCAGCAAAAUGUUCACAGUUUCCUCAUACAGUGACAUCGAUGUCAUUUCCUCCCUCUGCAGAAAGCAGGCAAGGUUUAUCCUUCACUGUGGAGAAGAAUGAUGCAGACCAUUUGAUCACCGUGUCUCAGCUGGACUUGCAUAACCUGAGUCCGGAGGUUAAGCCCUUGAUCCAUGUUGGAGACAGGAUUCUUGAGAUCAAUGGAAUCUCUGUCCAGAACAUUCCACUCAAUGAGAUAGAUCUGGUGAUUCAUGAUACAGAGCAUUGGCUGCAAAUCACGAUUGAACAUGACCCUAAAAACCUCACAAAACAGGAGGACCUAUGUGGCCUGCUGGGAGAAGAACUGGACAAGCCUGGAAAACUAGGUUUAUUUCCCCUUCCCAGCAGCAGACGAAUAAGCUCUCGAUCCACAAAUAUUCUGCGCAGCUGCAGCAUUGAUAAAGCUCCAUGCUCGCAACGUCACGCUGCACUUCUUUCCCAUAGAAGAGACAUUAAUCGAUCAGAGUCUCUGCGUUUUGACGCUUUGGACAAAACACAACGUAUCUUCCGACCCUCCGACCUAAUAUAUGGCGAAGUUUUGGGAAAAGGCUGUUUUGGACAAGCCAUAAAGGUGACACAUUUGGAAACGGGUGAGGUCAUGGUGAUUAAGGAACUUCUUCAGUUUGAUGAUGAGACUCAGAAGACAUUCCUGAAAGAGGUCAAAGUAAUGAGAUGCCUGGAACAUCCUAAUGUCUUAAAAUUCAUCGGCAUUCUCUACAAAGACAAACGGCUGAACCUGAUCUCUGAGUAUGUGCAAGGAGGAACGCUGAGGGACACCAUCCAGAAGAUGGACUGGGAUCACCCUUGGAAACUUAGAGUGAGCUAUGCCAAGGACAUUGCCGCUGGAAUGGCUUACCUACAUUCAAUGAAUAUCAUCCAUCGAGAUCUAAACUCGCACAACUGCUUUGUUCGAGAGAACCAGACAGUGGUUGUUGCCGACUUUGGUUUGGCCCAGCUUGUGAAGGAAGAGAAGAAGUCCUCUCCUGGACUAAUGUCCAAAUUGAACAAGCUUGGUCGUAAAAAGCGGUAUACGGUGGUGGGGAACCCCUACUGGAUGGCACCAGAAAUGAUCCACGGAAAAGUCUACGAUGAACACGUUGACAUUUUCUCAUUCGGGAUUGUGCUUUGUGAGAUUAUCGGAAGAGUAUAUGCCGAUCCGGAUUACCUCCCUCGUACGCAGGAGUUUGGAUUGAGUGUGAAUGAAUUCCUGGAGCGCUUCUGGUUCAAAGAAUGUCCUGAAGCUUUCUUUCCCAUUGCAGCUCUGUGUUGUGCCUUGGAGGCUGAAAAACGUCCCAUUUUUGCCAAAUUAGAGGAGUGGCUGGAGAACCUGCAUAUGCACUUGGAGAUGCGAAUUCCUCUGAUGUCGGAACUGGAUAAGAUCCGCCAAGCAUUUUGGGAGAAACACAGCCAGCCAAAACAAACUUAUGGGAUUCGUUCUAAACAGAUGGACAACUCAGAGUUAGGCCGAAGCUGAGACUUGGCAUGCUUAUAUAGCAGACAACAGUAUUUUCAUGGAAUGAUUUUCAAAUUCUCAGACUGUUAUUUACAGUGACCCUACUUAAAUAUGAAUGCCAUUACAUGCUUCUCUCAGUGAAUUCACUUUUAUGAGCCAUUUUUUUGCAAUGCCUUUUACUCGUUUUGUUUUAAUUUUGAAGAGAAUAUCUAUUUUAUCAUUUAAAACUUAUUUUUGUGAAAUGUUUUGCUUGAAAAGUAUUUGUGGUAUAAUAAUUAAUUAGAAUAAAUGUCAUUUGAUAUUA